UUUGUUCUUCAUACCAAGACUCUUUGAACAUUGGGAUCAGAGUUUACUAGUUCUCAACGCUCCAACUUCUCCACUUCCUUUUUGAACUGUGGUGCCCAGAACUGGACAGAAUAUUCCAGCCAUGGAGACUCCAGAUCCUAUGAAGAACAUCUGCGAGGAACUGGCCUGUCCCAUCUGCCUGGAGUGUUUGAAGGACCCUGUGACCAUUUCCUGUGGGCACAAUUUCUGCCAAGCCUGCCUGAGCCAGUGCUGGGGAGAGUUGGAGAAAGAGGUCUCCUGUCCUCAGUGCAGGGAGAAAGUUCAGGAAAGGAACCUCAGGCCGAAUCGGCGGCUGGCCAAAGUGAUGGAGAUAGCCAAGGAACUGAGUUUUCAGGGAGGAAGGAGCCAGAGAGCAGAAGAAAAGGGGAGAUGCUGUGAAAAGCAUCAGGAGCCCCUCAAACUCUUCUGCAAGGACCACAAAGUCUCCAUCUGUGUGGUGUGCGACAGGUCAAAGGAGCAUGAAAAUCAUAAUGUGAUUCCUGUGGAUGAGGCCUCAGAGGAGUACAAGUAUCUGAUUUGGAGUUUGGUGAAGAUUCUGAAGGAGGACAGAAAGGACAUUUUGGCAGACAAAGCAGACACAGAACAGGAAAGCCAAGAUUUGCUUAAGCAAACUAAUACAGAGAAAGGAAAGGCUGUGGCUGCAUUCAGGCAAAUACAUCAGUUUCUGGACGAACAAGAAAAGCUCCUGCUGGCCCAGAUGGAAGAGGUGGAGAAGGAGAUUUCUGCCAAAAGGGAAGAACAUCUCACCAUCCUUUCAGAAGAAGUUUCCUCUCUUGAGGGUUUCAUCCGGGAGAUGGAGGAGAAGCAUCAGCAACCGGCAAGUGAACUCCAGGAUAUUGGAAGCUUUGUAAAAAGGUGUGAGAAGAAGGAGAGGUUUGAGAAUCCUGUGGUUUUUCCUCCUGCCCUGAAAUGGAAGAUCUCGGACUUCUGUGAUAUAAAUCCCUUUCUGGAAGGUGUCAUGAAGCAAUUCAGAGACACUCUGGAAUCUGGACUUCAGCAGAAAAAAGCUCGAGUGAGAUCUUCCCAGUCAAAACAUACCGAUGUCACGACAUCAGAUGAUGUGCGUCAGAUGUGCCACGAGAUUAUGGGUGAGCUUAAUCAGCUUAAGAUUGAAGUUCAUGCCCUGAGGGUGCAGAUGAAGGCAUUGAGUGAGGUGCGCGAGGCUCAAGCACGCAUAUAUCCGCCAGUAAAGAAACUGCUUGGAGGAAUAUACAAUUAAUCCAAUGUAGAAACCAACAACUGCUUUAAAAAAAAAUCAAGCUCAUGACCUUAAUGGAAUGCAUACAUCUAGCAUGCUGUCUUCAUCUGUUGCUACAUCCCCCCCUCCACCUUUCCUAGCAUUAUUGUCUUUGUCAUCUCAGCUUCCAUGAAGAUUUCAGGCUUGAUCUUUUUAAGGACUCAUUUAUUUGUCUUUUUAAGGUGUCCAUGGUGUCCUGAACACUCUUCUCUUGUCCAGCAUCACAUUUCAAAUAAUUUGAUUUUCUUCUUAUCUGCUUUCUUCACUGUCCAGUUCUCGCAUCCAUACGUGAUAAUAGGGAAUACAAUGGCUUGAACGAUUCUCAGGUUUGUGCUCAGUUGUAAAUCAUUACUCUUUAGCAGGGGUCGGCAACCUCCGGCCCGCAGGCGCCUUUCCGCCGGUCCCCGGUCCCUCCCGCCGCCGAAAUUGCCGCCAUUUUGCCCUUCAAAAUGGCGGUGAAAUCUCGCGCGACCAAAAAGGUUGCGCGAGAUUUUGCUGCCAUUUUGAAGGGCAAAAUGGCGGCGCCCAUUACGAGGCCUGCUGCGGCCUCUGGAGCCCCGAAACGGGGCUCCAGCAGCCGCAAUGGGCCUCUGGGAGGCCCGCUGCAUCCUCCGGAGCCUCGAAAAGUGGCUCCAGGAGCCGCAACGGGCCUCUG